AUGUGCGGGUUUGAUUUUGAUAUGCUCUUUACCUGGAUUCCUAUUCCGCCUCCAGAUGGCAUCAAAAGAAGAACAUGGGCAGACCCUAUCCCAACGCCAACCCAUUUGGGCUGCUGCCUAGCAACUUCAAAGAAAAACUUUGACAAACUUGGCAGAUACGACCCAGGGCUGGAAAUAUGGGGCUGUGAAAAUUUGGAGCUUUCCUUCAAGACCUGGAUGUGCGGAGGUCGCUUGGAAAUAAUCCCAUGUUCACACAUCGCCCAUAUGUUCAAGCAUCAUAUAAUAUAUAAAUGGGUAGGCAAGCCGCGCAUAUUGGAAAGAAACUGUCUUCGAGUAUCUGAAGUCUGGAUGGACGAAUACAAAGUGUUUUAUCAACACAGACUAAAGGCGGUAUUAUCG